GCGCAUGUCUAAGGGGUGGAGGUGCGGUCGAAAAGGCGGCGCACUGCGGAGGUGGGGCAUCCGUGACUCCCGGCCGUCGCGGACCUGCCUGCGAGAAUGACGGGUAGGGGGAAGCUAAUCGCGGUGAUCGGAGACGAGGACACGGUGACUGGCUUCCUGCUGGGUGGCAUAGGGGAGCUUAACAAGAACCGCCAGCCUAAUUUCCUGGUAGUGGAGAAGGAUACAACCAUCAAUGAGAUCGAAGACACUUUCCGACAGUUUCUAAACCGGGAUGACAUUGGCAUUAUCCUCAUCAACCAGUACAUCGCAGAGAUGGUGCGGCAUGCACUCGACGCCCACCAGCGCUCCAUUCCAGCUGUUCUGGAGAUCCCGUCCAAGGAGCACCCCUACGAUGCCGCCAAGGACUCCAUCCUGCGCAGGGCCAGGGGCAUGUUCACAGCCGAGGACCUGCGCUAGGGCCUUCCCCACAGCCAGGCAGCUUCUCCCCAGGCUUGCCGUCAGCCCUUCUCUAAGUUGUGAGCCCCAGCCCCUGUCCUUUCCAUUCCACUAAGAGGCUAAGUGAGGGGCUUCCGGGUUGCUGGGGCUCUGCCAUUAAAGUCAAGCCUGGUUAGGGAACAGGAA